AUGGAUACCCGAUAUAUUAUUAUCAACAUCGAGAAUUUUCCCUACGAUUCUCAGGAAUGUAAUUUGAAGUUUGGCGGAUGGUCUAAUGAUGGUCAAACGUUAGCCCUUGAACAAAUCCCUGUUAACAUAAAAGACAAACCAGAAAGGAGAGUAGACCAAAGCGGUACCGAGUAUUUAUACCUGGAACAAGGCUUGGGACUCAGCUUUUACCAUGAAAGUGCGGAGUGGGACCUAUUGAGCGCUACUUCAUCUCGUUACGCGCAAAUCUACCCAGGAUGUUGCGGACAGCAGUUUUAUAUCGAUAUACGAUAUAAUAUUGUGAUAAGAAGAAAGGCCAUAUUCUUCACGGUUAUGUUGACCAUACCGUGUAUGUUAAUAGCUAAUCUGACUCCAUUCGUCUUUGUAAUUCCACCAAAUGAGCACAAAAUGACGUUCUCCAUCUCCGUUUUUGUGGCGUUCACCCUCUUUUAUCUGGUUUUAAUCGAACUUAUUCCUCCAACCUCCUUAGUUUUACCAUUAAUAGGAAAAUACCUACUUUUCACUUUGAUGAUGAUUACUGUAUCCAUUUUGAUUAGUGUCGUCAACGUUAACAUUUACAGAAGACAAGCUUUCGCUUCCGAGAUGUCACCAUGGCAGCGUUGGUUGUUCGUAAAAACUCUACCGCGACUUUUAAAACUGAAGCAAUUAGAAGAAUCAGAUCAAAGCGUUGUGAGUAGCGUCACGACUCUAGGAGGUAUUGUGCUAACCUCAUUACUAUUCGUAACAAAUAUUUACUGCCAAAAUCUUCAAGAUUCUCAAACACAAGCGGGACCUGAAAGCAAUUCAGAUAGGAAGCCUUCAAUGCCUCCAUUUCACACACCAAGGCUAAGGCUGCUUAGUCUUAUCGAGAUGGAUCAAGCAAUGAAGAGGAAGCAUCGCACCGAUAACCUGGACCUUUUCCGAAAAAUAUCUGGUAGUCUUCAAAUUAUUGCGGCAAACUUUCACAAUCGACAAAUGGAGGAUAAGAUAACGGACGAAUGGAGGCUGAUGUCUCUGGUUAUCGAUCGAGUUUGCCUCAUCGUAUAUCUCAUCAUGAAUCUGAUUGGAAAUGUCCUAUUCAUCUACAACUCCCCAACACUUUACGACGAUAGGCCCUCCCUCGGCAGAACUGUUCCCUUCUCUCCACUUAGCGGUGACGCUGUCAAUGUAAUACAUUCCAGUAUAGCAAAUUUCUGA